AUGCUUCGUUCUCCCUCACUUCGUCUCUAUCAAACAGUUGCCAGGAGCUAUACGCGCAGAAGCGCUUCCACAGCAAGUUCUGUCCCAUCGCUGACGAAUCUUGAAACACGUUGGAAAACAUUGUCGUCCGAGGAACAAUCAACUCUCACAAAACAACUUGAGGACCUUCAGAAAAAGGAUUGGCAUGAGUUAUCGUUAGACCAAAAAAGAGCUGCAUAUUAUAUCGCAUUUGGUCCGCAUGGUCCAAGAGAACCUCGAGACGAACCGAAUCAAGGGUUAAAGGUACUUGCGGGUGUCACUAUCACUCUGAUGGUAUCUGCUUUGCUCUUUAAGCUUAGUCACUACGGAGUCCCUUAUCCGCGUAGCUUUGACAAAGAGUGGCAAGAAGCAACUAAUGAAUUGAUGCGAGAACAGAAAGCCAAUCCAAUUACAGGUAUCUCUUCAGAAGGGAAUAUGGACGCGACGUCUUCCACUCUUUCCGAAGAACAAGUCUAUGAUAAGCUCAAGGGCUGCCUUUAUGGUGCUGCGCUUGGAGACGCGGUAGGACUUGCGACCGAAUUUCUAUCCAAAGAGAAGGCUAGAGAGCUCUAUGGUGUUGGGCCAAUAGCUUUUGGGACUGAUCAAGGUUACGAGAUAGUAUGUGACACGCAUAGAAGCCGUUGGGAAUCGGGUGACUGGACUGACGAUACAGACCAACAGCUUCUCAUAAUUCAAUCAUUACUUUCCACGAACGGCGUAUUCUACACGCGUGAUUUCGCCAAAAGAUUAUUUCAAUGGGCCGAGCAAGGGUUUCCCGAAUUGGAAAAUAAACCUCCUUGUGGGAUAGGACUCACCGUUGCCUCCGUUUUAAGGCAUGAUUUAUUUAAAUCGACACCACAUAGAGCCGCAUGGGAUGUAUGGGAAAGUUAUGAUUGUAAUUUGGCCGCGAAUGGAGCAUUAAUGCGAACUGCUAUUCUAGGGUUCCCGAAUUAUAAGGAUGAAACGAAAGUAGUUAAACAAACGUUACAAGCGACCAAAGUUACCCAUACUGAUCCGAGAUGUUGUGUGUCUAGUGUCAUCGUGACUGUCCUAAUUUCGAGGCUGCUACGAGGUGAUGAUCAUACAUCACAAGAUGAUGUAGAAUUGGAUCAAUCGACAAAAGAAAUGAUUUCUAAGUGGAUGAAAUCAGGGAAGCCGACUAAUAAUCCUGAAGAAAAUAUUGAUCUGGAAGAUCCGCCACCAGAAACAGAAACAUCAAAAAAGAAUAUCAUUAAUAAAACAUUCAAUCGAAUAAGUAAAUUUAUAGGCAAAGGAAGCUCUUCCGACAAUCCACCUGAAUGGAUUAAGAUUGCUUUGAAAAAACGGCGACGCCAAUCAUCAACAACACGACCUGAUGUAUUGAUUCCUGAUAAUCCACCUGCGAGCAUGGAUACUUUUGGAGCAGAUCCCAAAGUAUUUUCUUUAACGCAAAAUGUCGUGAAUCAGUACAAGUUUAUGCUUGAAGUUCAAAUGAGAGCCGAAAGUGAUGGAUCAGCCGACAACAAAAGACCAAGAGCAAACCGAAUCUUCACGAAACUGGAGGCGAAUACUGGCGUCGAAGCGUUACUUUCGCACUGUUUCCCUGAAUCACUGUCCACCUUAAAGCUCGAUGAGCAGUCGUCGAUAGGAUAUGUGUAUAAAUGUCUUGGCUCUGCUUUAUAUUGUUUCACCAGGAACUUGAAUGAUUAUUCAAGUGAAGGAGAUGCUUUUAAAAGAAUUAUCACAGAACUGACUUUGGAAGCUGGGGAUGCUGAUACCAAUGGAGCUGUAGCUGGUGCUUUGCUUGGCGCCAGGAUUGGAUACAACAAGUUGCCAAAGGAAUGGAUAAGCGGAUUAAGGUUCACCGAUUGGUUAGACGAUAAAAUUGAUCGGUUAUAUGCUAUUGUCACCGCAGGUUGA